AUGGAUGUAAUCUUUGAAGUGCAAAGAGGAACACAAUUCUCAAUUGAAGUGGGUUUUUUCGACACUGUUUUUGAAAUCAAAGAAAAAGUUCAAAAGUACCAUGGAAUUCAAAUCUCCAAACAAACCCUAAUUUUCAAUGGCCAGAUUCUUCAAGACGAUGGCGACAUUUGGAAGUACGAGAUUUUUCAAAACUCUCGCAUUCAUCUUAUGGUUACCGCCGCAGAUUUUGAUAAUUCAAAACUACCAAUAGAUCAUGAUAACAAAUUUCACCUCAACGUCAAAAAUCCUUCUUUCAUAUCACACAUUCCUAAGAAAAUGGAUAAAAACAAUACCCCUUUAAAGCUAAAAGAAAAAAUUCAUGAUAUUGAUCAAAACAAUGUCCCAUUGAGCAAAGUCAUGUUGCAUGCAGCUGAAACCAAAUUGCAUGAUAAUCAGUUCUAUUGUGAUUGUGGUGUUUUAGAGAAGAGUGAAAUUGAGUAUAUUUUUAAGCCACGUGAAUUGACAACACCUGCAAUGGUUGGUGGAAGAGGCAAAGGAGGAAGAGCAUGGAAGAAGUUGAAGCAUAUGGUUUUGCCUAAAAAUUGA